UGAUUUGAACCAAGAUGGCAGCCUACGCGUUGCCUCUGCCGGCUAGGUGUUUAUCACGAUAUCUAUUGAAAUUGUCAGGUCUAGUGAAAAACAGGAGUUGCUGUUGUAAGGUCUUUGUCGUUAGAGGUUGUACAACAAGGGCUGAUGAUACAGCACCCACCAAUCAUGCCACACAGAAAUCUAGCAUCCUUCUGGACUACUAUGACAAUAUGGUUGAGCACGGCUCACUUCGAGAGGACAGACACCAGAGAUCUGUUGUUCUUCAGUUAGACCAGUUACAGAGAGUUUUGAGGGCAUACGACAAUACUCAACUACUUAAGGUGAGAGACCGAGACAUUAAGAUAGGCCUAAAUCGGCAAAGACAUGUUGAAGAUACAGGCACAGAGCACAAAACUGAAGACACUGAAGCUGAGCAGCUGCUGUCGAGGCCUAAGCCACCCAGGGGCCUCUACAUCCACGGUAAUGUAGGCACUGGGAAAACCAUGCUGAUGGAUAUGUUUUUCUCUCACGUUGAGAGCAGCCGGAAGAAGAGGGUCCACUUCAACGCUUUCAUGCUGGACAUCCACAAACGGAUCCAUCGCCUGAAACAGUCCCUGCCGAAACGAAGGCUAGGCAAGAUGACGGUGUAUGACCCCAUUGCACCAGUGGCCUUGGACAUAAGCCGGGAGACCUGCCUUUUGUGCUUUGAUGAGUUUCAGGUCACGGAUAUUGCAGAUGCCAUGAUUCUGAAGCAGCUCUUUGCGACCCUGUUUCGGACUGGUGUUGUGGUGGUGGCCACUUCCAACCGCCCACCUGAUGAGCUGUACAAAAAUGGUCUUCAGAGGGCUACCUUUGUGCCUUUCAUCCACAUGCUCAAGGAGCACUGCCAUACAACCGGCUUAGACUCAGGAAUGGACUACAGGAAGAGGGAGAUGCCUGCAGCAGGAGUACUGUACUACCUGACGAGUGAGCCUGGAGCAGAGAGGGCAAUGGAUGAUCUGUUCCAUGAGCUGGCCCAGGGACAAAAUGACUUUACCCGCCCGCGGGUGCUGACGGUUCUGGGACGAAAGGUUCAUCUGAGCAGGACUUGUGGCUCCAUCGCUGACUGCACGUUUCAGGAGCUGUGUGACCAGCCUUUAGGUGCCAGUGACUACCUGGAGAUGUCCAGGGUGUUUGACACCGUCUUUAUCCGGAACAUUCCCAGACUGUCUCUGAGAAUGAAGAACCAAGCGCGCCGCCUCACCACACUAAUAGACAACUUCUAUGACCAGAAGGUGAGGGUGGUGGUUCUUGCGGAGGCUCCUCUGGAGUCUCUCUUUGACCAGGGCCCUCUGGUCGGGGACGAGGAGAGGGACCGCAUGCUACUGGAUGACCUGGGCCUAACACAGGAUGCCGGCGACCGUCUCUCCUUAUUUACGGGUGAAGAGGAGAUCUUUGCAUUUCAGAGGACCAUUUCAAGACUGACAGAAAUGCAGACAGAACAGUACUGGCUGCAAGGAGAUCGCAGACCUGAUGAGAUGAAAUGAUCCAUUGAAUCCAUCAUAUCGUUCCCUCAGACUACCUCUACCUCUUGCUGACAUUAAACUUGCAAUUAUGUGUGAAUGCAUGCAAAUCAGAGUCCAUGUAUUAAUAUUGUAGGAGAGACUUUUACUCCUCCUGACUCUAAAAUGGACGAUCAUGGACAUCUCCUGCCUCAUUUUUACACUGUACCCUUUUAAAUAUUAGGAACGCUGCCUUCAUAAGAAGAUAAACAGCACCCCCUUGUGGUUAUCUGAAUGUGGUCAUUGUCAGUAACACCCCCUGGGAAAGCAUCACAGCCUUUAAAACUCUUUUUGCGGCCAGCUAAGUGUUUCUUCUUUCUUUUGGGGGGGAUUUUCACCUGUUCCAUACUGUAGGAUCUGUUCUGUGUCUUUGACCUCUCGUGUUUGUUGCCUUCAAUGAUCUUUAAAGGCAGUCAGUGAUUGCGCAGAAAGUCAUAUUUGUUUAUGUUUAUUUUUAAAUUUAAAUGUAUUAGCAGAUGCUUUUGUCCAAAACAGCGUACAUUAUAUUUUAAUAAAAGACCAA